CUCUCUCUCUCUCUCUCUCUCUCUCUCUCUCUCUCUCUCUCUCUCUCUCUCUCUGUGUGUGUGUGUCCAAUAUCCAAAGCUCAUCUAGCAAUAUCAAAGGAAGAAGAGAGAAUUAAUUAACCAACCUACUACAAUCAUCACUUGUUGUCAAUGGUGACCCUGAAAGCAGGGACCAGACCACCAUGGGUAGGACUUGGAGCGGCUGUCUGGUUGCAAAUAGCGUCAGGGAAUUCCUACAAUUUCGCUCUCUAUUCCCAUUCCUUGAAAUCUGUCCUUGGUUUUAACCAGCAGCAGCUUACCAUGCUUGGGGUUGCUAAUGAUAUUGGUGGGAAUGUUGGACUCCUCCCUGGUAUUGCCUGCAACAAGUUCCCUCCUUGGUCCAUUCUCUUGAUCGGUGCUUUUGCUUGUUUCUUUGGUUAUGGUGUUCUCUGGCUCGCUCUUAGCCGCACUGUUCAGUCUAUGCCUUAUUGGUUGCUAUGGCUUGCGCUAUGUGUUGCUACUAAUAGCAGUCCUUGGUUGGGCACUGCUGUGCUUGUGACCAACAUGAGAAACUUCCCUCGUAGCCGAGGCACAGUUGCUGGUAUUCUCAAAGGUUACGUGGGAAUCAGUGCUGCAGUAUUUUCUGCAAUUUACAGUAUGCUACUUCAUAGUUCCUCUUCUAAGCUUCUGAUGUUCCUUGCACUUGGAAUUCCUGUUCUUUGUUUCCUAAUGAUGUAUUUUGUAAGGGCUUGUACUCCAGCUUCUGGUGAGGACUCUUCAGAGCAUGCCCAUUUUCUUUUUACCCAAGCAGCUCUUAUUAUACUCGGCUUUUGUAUUCUAAUAACCAUGAUAUUGGACCACAUGCUUCAUUUGAGUCCCCCAAUAUGUUAUACUUUUCUCAUCAUAAUAUUUGUCCUUCUCAUGGCUCCACUUGCAAUACCCAUAAAGAUGACAUUGUAUCGCACUAGAACCAGCAAAUUAGGGAUGCUUGAAACAUCAGUUGGGUCAUCAGACAAUCUGAUACAGGGAGAAGCCAAUGCAGACAAAACUGAACCAUUACUCAAGUCAUCCUCAUCAGCACAUAUCCUUGGAAGCUUUCACGAAAGCGAUGAGACAUCUGAGGUGGCUAUGCUUCUAGCUGAGGGUGAGGGGGCAGUAAAAAAGAAGAGGAGGCCCAAAAGGGGGGAGGAUUUCAAAUUUAGCGAAGCUGUAAUCAAAGCUGAUUUCUGGCUUCUUUUUUUUGUUUACUUUGUUGGGGUUGGUUCUGGGGUAACUGUGCUCAAUAAUCUGGCGCAGAUUGGUAUUGCACAAGGUGUGAAUGAUACCACAACGUUGUUGUCUCUCUUCAGCUUUUUCAAUUUUGUGGGACGACUUGGUGGUGGUACUGUUUCUGAACAUUUUGUCAGGUCAAAAACAAUUCCACGCACAAUAUGGCUGACAUGCACUCAAGUAAUAAUGAUCAUAACGUGUCUGCUUUUUGCUUCUGCCAUUGAUGGUACUCUCUAUGCUGCAACUGCAUCGCUUGGGAUUUGCUUUGGGGUUCAGUUCUCUAUCAUGAUUCCAACAGUCUCUGAGCUUUUUGGCUUGAAGCACUUCAGUAUAUUUUAUAAUUUCAUGUCACUGGGGAAUCCUAUUGGUGCAUUCCUUUUCUCAUAUCUCCUUGCAGGAUAUGUAUACGAUAAUGAGGCAGCAAAGCAGCAUGGACUGAAUCUUUUGUUUGGCUCAAGCAUCACCUGCAUAGGUCCACAGUGCUUCAGACUCACCUUCCUGGUUCUGGCUGGUGUCUGUGGGGUGGGAUCCCUCUUGAGCCUUAUUUUAACUAAGAGAAUAUGGCCUGUUUAUGAGAUGCGUUAUGCUGGGGCUUCCUUCAGACUGCCUCAAACCUCAACUCAUUAAGAUUAUUAAAGUGGAGCAUGGAAGUUUGAGGUCAUUACAAAAGGCCAUUCUACUGAAGCACAUGUUAAUAUUUAGCUACUUAAGCGAUAGGAUGCAGAAAAGGACAUAGCUAGAGAAACAGAAAUCAACAAACUGAUGUGAGGUGUUUUGGUGUGAAGAGAGUUCUCAGACAUAACCACAUGAAAGCAGUUUUUAAUUGCAGAACCGGAUUUAGGUAGCAGUCGCAGCUAGUAUUCAUACUACUAAGUGCAUCUGUUGUUCUUUCAUUAUGCUUGAACUGCUGUACUGUAUAAAUAUUAAAAACACUUCAGUUUUGGUGGUGCUGCUUUGAUUUAUUUACUGUAUUGAAUCUUGUCUGGAAAA